GGACUCGCGGGGCGGUGGGGCGAGGCGCGGGGGGCGUCGCACGCGGGAAGCAGAGCCACCCCCCGCCGGGCCUGGCCGCGCCAGCUGUGGCUCGUUGUUGGGACGGCGGCCAAGCCUGGCGGGGGAGGUGGGGAGCCGUCCUGGCGCCGCGCGAUUAGCCGCAUCUGGGGGAGGAGGAGCCGCCGGGCGCGCUCAGCCCGGGUGUUUGCGCCCGGAUGGGGGUGGGGGUGCCCUAGGCGCUGGAGAAAAACUUCACCCGCGCCCACAGGCCCCCUUUCCGCAGGCUGCGCUGGCGGUCCAGGUUUGCAGGCCGGAAGUGAAACGUUGUUUUUUGAUUUUUAAAAAGGAAGCCGCCCGCCCUACGGUUUUCUGAGGUUGGAGUGGAUGUGUGUGCUGGGGGAGGCGGAGACGUCCCGCUCCAGGCAGGGCCUCGGGUCUUACAGGUGGGGAAAUCUCUGCCAAAUAGGAGGCCUCUCGGAGCCUCAGAUUCCCCAUCUGCAGACUGGGCUCUGACUUCUCCUGGCGUAAGAGGGUGUGUGAGAGUAAAAGGCGGCAGCUAGCCCCGUGCCGGGAGACACGUCAGCCAUGUCAUCUGAGCCUCCCCCACCACCACAGCCCCCCACCCAUCAAGCUUCAGUCGGGCUGCUGGACACCCCUCGGACCCGCGAGCGCUCACCAUCCCCUCUGAGGGGCAACGUGGUCCCAAGCCCACUGCCCACUCGCCGGACGAGGACCUUCUCAGCGACGGUGCGGGCUUCACAGGGCCCCGUGUACAAAGGAGUCUGCAAAUGCUUCUGCCGCUCCAAGGGCCACGGCUUCAUUACCCCAGCUGAUGGUGGCCCUGACAUCUUUCUGCACAUCUCUGAUGUGGAAGGGGAGUAUGUCCCAGUGGAAGGCGACGAGGUCACCUAUAAAAUGUGCUCCAUCCCGCCCAAGAAUGAGAAGCUGCAGGCCGUGGAGGUCGUCAUCACCCACCUGGCACCAGGCACCAAGCAUGAGACCUGGUCUGGACACGUCGUCAGCUCCUAGGAGAUGCUGGAAGCACCCCUUGUCCUGUGCUUGUGGGAGACUUUGCGGGGAGGACGCGGCAGACACUGGAGAUGACAUUCUUCCACACAAGACGGGGCUUCGGCAGGGCAUGGUCCCUUUCAAGUAUCUCCUGGAGGAAGGGGUAUGGGGGCAGGUGUAGGGUGUUCCCGGCCACCAGCACAGCCUCUGACCAUUGCAACAACCUCUCACCAUCUGAAUAGCAUUAAAAGCAUUUAAAAAGGA